AUGACUCCCAGCCGUUUGAAAGAUGCUACAGUUGCUAUUAAUGAUCUGCUGAAAGAAUACGACAUUCGUUUGCGGCCCUCAUUUGGAGGUGAACCACUUUCUCUAGAUAUUGAAAUCCGUUUAGCAAGUUUUGACAGUAUAUCUGAAGUCAAUAUGGAUUACACACUAACGCUGUAUUUAAACCAAUAUUGGCGUGAUGAUCGUCUUGUAUUCGGGAAUACAAGUGAAGAAAUAACUUUAACCGGUGAAAUCAUCGAUAAAUUUUGGCUACCCGAUACGUUUUUUCCCAAUGACAAGAGUGCCUACUUGCACGAUGUGACAGAAAAGAAUAAGAUGAUCCGUAUUAACGGUAAUGGAGAUAUUCUUUAUGGAAUGAGAUUUACAAGCACAUUAGCAUGCAUGAUGGAUCUUCGGCGAUAUCCACUCGAUCGGCAAAACUGUACCGUCGAAGUGGAAUCAUACGGAUACACGCAGGCUGACGUCAUCAUGCGUUGGAAAAGUGGCCGUUCAUCAAUUUUAGAUCUCGAUAAAGUUCAAUUACCACAAUUUACGAUUCUCGGCUAUGAUACCAUAUCGUAUAGUAUAUACUUAGCCACAGGUACUUAUCAACGUCUUUCGCUGAGCUUUGUUCUUCAACGUAAUAUCGGUUAUUUUCUAUUCCAAACAUAUCUCCCAUCGAUUCUGAUCGUUAUGUUAUCUUGGGUUAGUUUUUGGAUAAACCACGAAGCAACUAGUGCGCGCGUCGCAUUAGGUAUUACGACUGUCCUGACGAUGACAACUAUAUCGACUGGUGUUCGGUCGUCACUGCCACGUAUUUCAUACGUUAAAGCAAUUGAUAUUUAUCUAGUGACUUGUUUUGUCUUUGUCUUUUCUGCACUUUUGGAAUAUGCCGCUGUUAACUAUCUCUACUGGGGUAGUCGAGCAAAACGAAGAAAAGCAGCGAAUGAAAUAGCCAAGAUGCAAAAGGAAGCUCAGGAUGAUUAUGAAUUAGAAGAAAUCGCCAUUAAUCGGGCUUCGCCUAUUAUUGGUUUACCUACAAAUCCUUCUGACAACCAUCGUAGAAGACGGAGAAGAACACCUUCGACAAUACGUGACGAGCAUUGCAAUAGUAAUCAUACUAUUGUCACACAGUAUCCACGUUUUCGAUCAUUAGUAAGAGGCAAUCCAGCUAUCAACCCAUCAGCGUAUAUGCGACACUCACAUCCGCAUCGAACACGACGUUUUCUAAGAUACCUUCGGACUCGUACACGAUGUUUUAGUCAGCCAUUUUUACAUGUUAAAGAUGUGAAUGAUAUCGAUCGCUGGUCACGUCUUUGUUUUCCCGUUCUUUUUUUCUUAUUUAAUGCAUGCUAUUGGCCUUUUUUCAUUGUUCGACCACACGAAUAA